GAGGUGGAUCCUCUUGUGAAGCUGUCUUGCUUCGGAUUUGCACUCAGCUUCUGCUGAACCCGAGAGGACCCUGGCUUUGCUUGCACCUUUGCUGUGCCAGUCGACGGGAUGAAGCCGAACAGAAACCCCAAGGCUCCCUUUUCUCAGAGAAGCCACUCAUCUCGACAACCAGGAGAAAAGCCUGGAUGCUCAAGUUGGGGAAUGGCGGUCAAUGUGUACUCUACCUCUAUAACCCAAGAAACUAUGAGCAGACAUGACAUCAUUGCAUGGGUUAACGACAUAGUAUCUUUAAACUACACAAAAGUGGAACAACUUUGUUCAGGAGCAGCUUAUUGCCAGUUCAUGGACAUGCUCUUUCCAGGCUGCAUUAGUCUGAAGAAAGUAAAAUUUCAAGCAAAGCUAGAGCACGAGUAUAUUCACAAUUUUAAACUUCUGCAAGCAUCGUUUAAGCGAAUGAAUGUUGAUAAGGUCAUUCCAGUGGAAAAGCUAGUGAAAGGGCGUUUCCAAGACAACCUGGAUUUCAUCCAGUGGUUUAAAAAAUUUUAUGAUGCUAACUACGAUGGGAAGGAGUACGAUCCUGUAGAAGCGCGACAAGGGCAAGAUGCAAUCCCUCCUCCUGACCCUGGUGAACAGAUCUUCAACCUCCCCAAAAAGUCUCACCAUGCAAACUUACCUACAGCAGGUGCAGCAAAAUCAGCUCCGACAUCUAAACCAGGAUCCAUACCUUCUCGCCCCUCCUCCGCCAAAAGGGCUUCGUCCGGCGUUUCAGCAUCCAAAUCGGAUAAAGAUUUAGAAACACAGGUCCUACAGCUCAAUGAACAGGUACAUUCAUUAAAGCUUGCUAUUGAAGGCGUGGAAAAGGAACGGGAUUUCUACUUUGGGAAGUUGAGAGAGAUUGAGCUGCUCUGCCAAGAGCAUGGGCAGGAAAACGACGACCUGGUGCAGCGACUAAUGGAAAUCCUCUACGCUUCGGAUGAACCUGAAGGUCACCAAGAGGAGCCAGAGGUGGAGGAGCCAGUCCACGAACAGCAGCCCCAGCAGUAGGAAGAGUACUGAGCCAUCUGGUCAGCACUCAACACUUGCAUUUCCUGUGGGAACUUUUCUUCUGGAGAAUUGGAACAUGUGUGGCCUCAAGCUCAGCAGAAACCAGUCGUUCCCAUCUGCCGUUACCAACGACACGCUGUUGCAUCCGCCAGCCACUGUGCUCGCUCGGGUCCCAUCACCUUUGCCAAGACAUAUUAGCAGCCGGCCUUUCCAGAGCCCCAUACCUUCGAGACACUGGGCUCACAUAUCUUCAAGUUCACCACUUGGCUGCUUGAAACUGGUUCUGCUCUUUUUCAUUUCUUUCCAGAACGGCUCUCCCCCACCCCACCACUACCACCACCUCCCUUUUUAUCCUGGUGUGAAACAAUGGUAAUUUGAUAUAUGGUAUUUAUAUUGGCAUUUCUCAACCCAGUGUCACUAGAUGUCACAUACAUUUGUUUUACUUUGAUGUUUGCAAGUCUAACCUUUUCAUAGAAAUUUGGUCGCAUAAUAAAUUGGAACAAAGGGAAACAGAUACUUGACACGAAAGCCAUAAUGACAGUGACUUGUUUUGGGGGGUGGGAUCUCCCCACUACCAUCCCCCCCACUUACAAUAUGAAAGGGGGGAAAAUGGAUUCGAAACUAGGACUUCAGAGCUCAGCAGUGUUCGUGCAUCCACAUGUUAGCUAACCACACAAUGAAAGACAUUCCCUCAAGGAGAACAAACACCAUCUCAACUUGGCCUCUCGCCACUUGCCCCUGCCCCCACCCCCACCCCGAUUCUCAUGCUAUUUUCUUUCUCAGGGUCCUUUUUGGUGGACAGCCACUCUCCCCGAGAAGCUGUCAUCACUUCUCUGCAGCCCAGAUGGGAGCACUGCCCCCCUGCAUGGGUCUCUCUCUGUGUGGGCUUUCGUCCCAAUCCCACCAUCCUCCCCUCCUGGGACUUCUUCUAAGGCUCAGUGCAGCCUCAGUCCCCACCUGCUGCUUCUCUGCUGGAGCCUCAGCGGCAGGCACCUCACCCCAUGGCACCUUACAGUAUUCAAGUCCGAGCUGACUCCAAAAUGCCAGCACAGAAAACUCAUGACUCCCCCACCUUCAAUAGUAAGGAAUUCUCCCUCUAAUCUGCUCGAUCGGCUCAGCCAUGACAUUCAGAAAUAGAAGAAGCGUGAAUUUAAAGCAUUCCUCUUUUUUUAACUAGUAUUUGCACAUGUCCUCAGUACCUUUCCAAAUCUUGUCCUUUGUUCCCCACCCCUCCCACCCCUCCCCACACACACGUACUUUAACAGAUGGUACCCCUCCCUGGAUCAUUCAUUUCCCUUGGUUUCUAACUUGAGGUUUACUUUCACUUGUUAUUGGACUUAAGCAGGUGCCACCAAAAGAAAUAAGUGUGCCCACCCCCUCCCUUUCACCAAAAAAGCUGAAAAUAAAUUUCUGAU